AGGGUUGAAAUGUAAAGGUUGAAGCAUCGAUGGCGUCAUUUGACGAUGAUCGAGCGGAAAUAUUGUCCAAUGAAAAGGACUCGCAUGGACUUAAAAAGGGGAGUCUUGCAAGUCGUUUGAAGCUUCUGAAUGAGUCAAGACAAUCAUGGCAGGAACGAGUGCGAACAGAUGACAAAGACGAAGCGGCAAAUCUAACCACUGCUGUGAAAACAGUUCGUCUGAAAGAACGGGCCAAAAGCGUGUUUAUGGAGAGAGAUGUUGAGAAAGCAGCAACUGUUGGAGGUCGCAGGACUUCCAAGCUCGUCAGAAGAGGAUCUUCAUAUUCGAAGAAAGAAAGGGAACGAAAAUUCAGGGCGCAACUGUCGACAGUGCCUAUCAAGUUAGACGACACCAGUGCCAUCAAAGUUCCAGAACUCCCUUGGACCAAGGGUGCAGACUCUUCAGGUCCAACUCUGAAACAGAUCAUGAAACAGUCUAUUCAAUCAAGAGAGGGCGAGUCGGAUUCAUCUCAGACUCAGACGAAUGUAGUGACGAACGAGGUCGAAGUAUUUGACCCCAGUUUGGGGUUGAACUCUUUUUACGAGUCAGCAGUAACCAGUAUCAAUGACAAUCCGAAAAGCAGUGAAGUUGACAUCGACAAUCUCAAUCGAGGUGGCAGUGUAGAUGAUGAUGGUGCUAAUUUGUGCUCACUUCCUCAUUCCAAAGAGGUGCCAUUUGAACAAGAUGAACUAGGCGUGGACGCCGAGUUGCCAAAGCCUUUGCCUCCAAUAGGCGCUCGAGUAGCCAGGCCUGCACGUCCAAAAAAGAAACCGCCAACGAAGGCUGCCUUAAACAAUCCAGCGGCUCGCUUGAGCUAUGUCGAAACAGCUACUUCGCUUGAGGCUACUGCGAACAAACAGAAUACACCAAGUGCUAUUCACGUGGAGGGUCUCAACCCGGCUCAGAGACGAAGUAUUCUCACGGAAGCUGCCGUGAAAGGGUUGGAGGCGAAGGAGAAUUUCGGGUCGAUCAAGUUGACGAAAAUGGAAACGAACAAAGUGAAACAUGAAAAUCGCUCUUUGAAUCCGUAUAACAAUGCUCCUAUGUUGAUGAUGGUGAAGGGAAGAUAUCAUGUGCAGGUACGUCUGGUGGCGCCAACCGUGCGUUCCAUGAAUGAGUCAGACUGCUUCGUGGUUGUAACCAAGACAGACGUGAUGGUAUGGAAAGGUCACGUGAGUAACAUUGUGGAACAGAAUAAAGCGAUGGAGUUGGGAAAGUUGAUUUGUGACAGGAAACAACUGGGCUGUGAGGCUGAUACUUUUGAAGUGAUUGAGAGUGGAAAAAAUUUGUGUGACGAAAAGGCGCUGAAGAAGAAGUUCCUGAGGAUUUUAGCUUCUGCAAAUGACAAUCAAUUCGAAGAGGAAAGUAGCAUGAUGAGUGUGUGCGAAGAUGUUGAAGCAGAAGACGUGUGGUACGAGGACUGUAUCACAGCCACGAAUAAAGUCUAUGAAGUGGACACUACGAACAACAAUGCGGCCCUGUUUCUUCUCUUAGAUAGCAGCUGCACCUCCCUUUCACAUAGUCUACUGCAGUCGGACAAGAGUCUGGUGUUUGACUUUGGAAGUGAAGUGUAUGUGUGGUUCGGAAAAGAUGCCACUGUUAGGGACCGUAGCAUUGCUCCCCUUCUAUUGACCCAACUGGUGGACAAGGGCUAUGAUUACAGGAGACAAGAUGGAACGCAGGACAAAUCAGUCGAAUAUGUUCUGUGUCCUCUUUACCCGCUUGAUGACGACACGCCCCUCUACUCUGAGAAGAGACCGGCCUGGGUGAUCUGUGGGAAGGUGAAUGAGAAUAUGGAAACACUUCUGUUCUCCAACAAGUUCGCAGACUGGCCAGAGACUGGAUUCAUGAAGGAAGUCAGAACGGCUAAGAACUUCACGGACGAGAAGUUUCAGAAGAUAGAGUUGAACCCUAUCCGGGACUAUGACUUCCGGGAGCUGAUGAAAGCGCAGGACCCCUUAGAAAAUGGGCUGGUUGUAGAGGCAGUCAACGUGGGCAGAGGGGACUACUGGAAGGACCCCAUCGAACUCAGAGCCCACAAAGUGAUCACUACAGGAGUGAAGUGUUGGCCUGUGAGUGGGAGUGAAUUGAGGUCGCCUCUAGACGAAACAGUAGACCACGUGGGGCUGUUUAGAGACGAUGAAAUUUACAUUGUCAGGUGGAGCUUCUACACUGAACUCACCGGCAUCAGAACACUGAAAGGCGUGAAGCAGCGUGAAAAUAUGACAAAGCAGCCACCUAAGGACGAGAAAGUGGCCUACUUCUUCUGGCAGGGCAAGCGAGCUAGUAAGCUGGACCUGGGAACCUCGGCUCUGAAGGUGGUGGAUCUGGACUUGGAGGGUGGAAAACAGAUGCGAGUGGCUGAGAGCGAGGAGCCGGCUGCAUUCCUCAGACUGUUCAAAGGACAUAUGCUAGUUCAGAGUUCUGCUGUGUUGGAACGAAAUCCAACUUUGAGACUGUUCUACGUGCAGGGACCAUGUGACGAAGAGAGACAUCUGAUAGAAGUGGAACACAUCAAAGACUACUUGCUAAGACCCUACUUGUGCUACGUGGCCUUAAAAAUCAACUGGCAGGAGCGAAACUGUUGUUACGUCAUAAGAGGACCCUUAUGUAAUAGUGCCGAUGCGGAGUUUGCGAAGCGUGAAUCGUCGAACUUUCUGGAUAAUAGAGCUGGCAGAAAGUUGAUUGUUUCAUCAACUGAAUCGACAAUUGUUGAAGAAAUGUCUUGGAGUGAUCUGAAAUCAGCCCCGAAAGAGCUGUGCAGACUUUUGCCUCAGAUAAGCAAGGAUGAAUUUUUUGAGACCCAAUCAAAUUAUCGCAAAAGACUCAUUCUUCUCACAAGUGUGACCAGAAAGGCAGGUAGCUUCGCUUUCCAGGAAGUCAACACGCCUUUUCAUGAAUCAGGGUACCAUUGCAGUUUGCCGUUCAUACAGACGCAGCUUUAUCAUCAAAUACAGCCAGCAUUCCUUCUUUACGACUGUGGCAACUAUCUAUUCCUCUGGCAGGGACCAGCCAGUGCCAACCACCCCACAGAUAGCCAAGGAGCAGUGGACUGGCUGGAACAGAGACGCAGUGUCAAUUCAUCUCCGGAACACUCUGAACCCCAGGGACGAAUCUCACCCGAAAGUCCAGUCGCGGGAUCUGUGAACAGACGUUUCAUCGCUGAACGAAAGCGGGCCCUGGAGACGGCAAAGAAUUAUGCCCAAGAGAAGAGGAUAGAGAGUAGUCGCUGUCUUUACGUGGAAGCAGGACAAGAGCCUCUCAGUUUCAGACUUCUGUUUCCCUGGUGGAAUGCAGAACAGACAGGAGCUGAUAUGGCUGGGGAUGGCACUGUGAGUAGUGGAAUGGUGACAAUUGAGGAGAAGAUGGUUCAGUUGGCCUCUGUCUGCUACUCUCUGGAGGUGCUGAGGAAGAGACCUCUUCCCUCAGAUGUGGAUCCCCUCAGGAUUGAGGACUGUGUCAAGGAAGAAGACUUCGAGGGAUUAUUCAAGAUGCCGAGAGACAAGUUCGAGUCUCUGCCUCAAUGGAGAAAAACUGAGAUGAAGAAAAAAGCCAAUCUGUUCUGAAGUGAAUAUGUCUUAUGCUAUUUUGAAUUGAAACAAUCUGUUGCCUGUGCGAAAACCAAUCAAAAACCAUGAUCUCUGAUUUUUCAUGACCAAUUUUUGGGUGCCAUUAUAGAUAUUGUAAGGUUCAUCAAAAAAGGAGUAUUUUCUUACCAAGCUACUCGUUGCUUUACUGAAGCUAACAGCCUACUUUCGGGUCAUUUUCCACGAAGAAUCUCAGCUUUAUUCGAAAAGUUACUGAAUGAAUAAAAUGUUCGAAAUAUGUUCACGGCUGAGCAAGUUAUGUACGAUGGAAAAUGUCUGAUCACUAUCAACUACUAGCAAUAUCAAUUUAUGUUAUCAUUGGAUUGAACUUAACUCUAUCUUCCUGACUGCGUUCAAUUUAGUUGAUCAUUUACACCUGACUAUUUGAUACUGGGAUAAAUGCUAGUUUUAGAAACUGAUCGAUAUUAUGAUUUGAUAGCUGUUUGAUAGCUAAGAUGAUUAUUUUGAUACUUGAAUCACAGCUGCCUUGAUGGCACAAUUGCGCUAUACUGACCUACAGAAAGGCAUUAAUUUAGAAAUAGAUUAACUAUGUUAAUUUUCUAUUACAGAUCUUUAUUAUGAUGACAAUAUUUUGCUUCUGAGAUUAAAAAUAAUAAAAAAAAAGUUGAUAAAUGCAGCUUUUCUGGAUAUGAUUUGGUAAUGACUAUCGUUACGUUGAGUCUUCCACUGAAACCAGAUAGCAGAACAUUCUUAACUUGAAGAGCAGUUUAACGGGGGUUAUCGAUGUUCUCAAUUUGAAACCGUGAUGUGUUACUGUUGUGCAUGUUCUUCAAUUUUGACUUGGACUAAAGUUAUGAGA